AAUGUAGCCCAGCUUCAGUGUUUACUACAGAAUUAGUGCAUAGCGGACGACAGUCUUUCCCCUGAUCUGUGAACUCCGACUCUGUAUAUAUAUAUAUAUUAUAUAUAUAUACAUAUAUAUAUAUAAAGAUAACCUUUCAGUUUUUGCAUAAAAGAAGAAAAUUUAUCCAAAAAGCUCAACAUGCCCAAGAGAAAGGGAACUGACGGAGAGGUGAAGGAGGAGCCUCAGAGAAGGUCUGCCAGGUUAUCAGCAAAACCGACUCCUCCUAAACCUGAACCCAAACCCAAGAAAACACCUAAGAAAGAGAAGGAAGUGAACGAUAAAAAGGAGGACAAAAAGACGAAGGCGAAGAACGAGGAGACCAAGGAGGAGAACCAGUCAGAAAAUGGAGAGACCAAGACUAAUGAGGUUGAGAAGACUCCAGAGGCAGUGCCGGAGCCAGAGAAGGAGGAGACUAAGGCCGAGUAGCAUCCCACCCGUCCAUCCAUUCUUAUUCUUUCUUUCCCCAUCAGUCCGACCUUUUCUUCCUUCCCUCCAUCCCUCCAUCCCCCUCUCUCCCUCCCUCUCCCUCCCUCUUUUCCCUCUUUUCCAGCAGGUUUCUAGCCCUAGACGGACCCCUCUCUCCACAAACCGUCACCAGAGGAAUAUUUUUAUCAACAAUUUUGUAAAUACUGGUUCAGGUUUUUAGCACAAAAAUGCGAACGAAGGGGGUUUUCAGACGGGGUUCUUCUAAGUUGUCCCCAAUACGAGCUGUACGCAAAGGCGGCACUUCAGUUUUGUCUUUGCUCUUAUUUUGUUUCUUUUAAUUUGUGUUUUUAUUUUGUUUUAACGGACGGUCCUGUAUCUCAAGGCGUUGGUCCUGCAUUGCUGGGUGGGGUGUGUGUGGGUGUGUGUGUGUGUGUGUGUGUUGUGUCUGUCUGUCUGUCUGUCUGUCUGUUAGCGAUUAUAUUCUUAUCUUGGAGUUUUUGCCCAGUUUGCUGUUCAUUUGGAAAUUUUUCUUUUAGAACAAAAUCAUUGGUAUAAGAACUCUAGCUGAUAGCUCCCCAUGCUUUGGGAUAAAUCACGGCACCAAAACGAUGCGAUGAAACAAAAGUAAAUCUGGAAAACUGGGAUUGUUUUGGGUUUGGGCGGGAAUUGCAUCUUUGUGGGAUUUUUGUUUUUUUCUUUUUGGAAAUUAUGGGGUUUUAAAAAGAAAUCAGAUGUUUUGUGAAGUUUUUUUAAACACUGAGAAUUCAUUUGUGAAAAAAGUAGCGUGCCCUGAAACUCACUCAAUAAAACCAUCAUUGGA